CAGUAGAUACUCAGUUGUUUCGUGAAUCCGACGAAGGGCGGAGUGCUGUGGGCUAGGCGAGCCGUGUCGUUUUAAUUCAAUUAUCAAAAAAUAUUAUUUGUCUGAAAUCUUUCAAUCCGUUUGUGAUCUAAAUAAAAUCAAACUGUUUAAAAAUGAGUGAAAACAACGAGAAUAAAAAACAAAUUCGUGUGUGGUGCGAUGGGUGUUAUGAUAUGGUACAUUUUGGUCACGCAAAUUCGCUGAGACAAGCUAAAGCAUUGGGUGAUGUGCUGAUCGUGGGAGUUCACACAGAUGAAGAGAUCUCGAAGCACAAGGGUCCUCCAGUAUUUACACAAGAAGAACGGUACAAAAUGGUGCGUGCCAUCAAGUGGGUUGACCAGGUGGUGGAAGGUGCACCCUAUGUCACCACACUUGAGACUCUGGACAAGUACCAGUGUGAUUUUUGUGUGCAUGGAGAUGAUAUUACAGUAACUGCUGAUGGAAUUGAUACAUAUCAUUUGGUGAAAAAAGCUGGUCGCUACAGAGAAGUGCAGAGGACGGCCGGUGUUUCGACCACAGAUCUUGUAGGACGCAUGCUUCUUCUAACCAGAGAACAUUUCAAGAGAGGUGACAAAGAGUACUCGGUGGCAUUGGAGCACUCCUCGAACCUCGGCACUGACUCCACGGCUCGGUCGCCGUACACCGGCUGCUCACAGUUCCUGCCCACUACACAGAAAAUUAUACAGUUCAGCAGUGGUCUCUCACCCAAACCCACUGAUAAGGUAGUAUAUGUAGCUGGUGCCUUUGAUCUCUUCCACGUUGGCCACUUGGACUUCUUGGAGGCUGCACAUGCUCAAGGAGACUUCCUUAUCGUGGGCCUACACACCGACCUUGAAGUGAACCGCUACAAAGGGUCCAACUACCCUAUCAUGAACCUACACGAACGGGUCCUCUCAGUACUGGCUUGUAAGUAUGUUCAUGAGGUAGUAAUCGGUGCGCCGUACAGCGUGACAGCCGAGCUGAUGGAUCACUUCCGCGUGAAGGUGGUCUGCCAUGGUCUCACUACAAUAGCCACAGAUGCAGAUGGAUCUGACCCUUACAAAGUACCCAAACAACGCGGCUGCUUCAAGAUAUUAAAUUCUGGCAACACCAUGACAACAGAUGAUAUCGUUCAAAGAAUAAUACGUCAUCGACUUGAAUUUGAAUUACGGAACACACGUAAAGAACAAAAAGAAUUGGCAAUAACGAAAACACUGAAAAAAGAGGCACACGUCAAACAAAACGGUAACUGUGAAGCCGUAAACGCAAGCUAAAGAUACAUGUUGUGAAUUACUAUAAUCUAUUACCAAAUAUUGUGUUAGUUUGAGCUAUUUAGAUGUAGAAUUCUAAUGUAAACCGGUUCACUAUUGGUAGAGUAAAUACCUUCUCUGUUUCUAGGUCUGUAUAAAUGACAUAGUUUAGUCGUUUACACUCUCUGCAGAUGUAACUUUUAGUUAAGAGUUAGUCGAAUUGUAUCUUUCCGCAAUUAUGGCAUUUUAAUUAAAAAUCUAAUUUAACUAUCGGCUAACUGUAAGAUUGCAGUCUGCUGAGUGUCUGAAUCGAAUGGCAUUUAUUUAUAAAUCUAACUAGAUCAUAUUUAUGAAAUAAUUGAAACUGUUAGCAAAUUAUUUCAAUAGUGGAUCAGGUUAUUCUGUUUUAUGUCUCAUGUAUAUUUCCAUUCACAAAAGAAAAUGGUGUGCCUCAUACAUUUUUUAAAUAAUAUUUAUUUUUAUUUUGAGGCACAUUUACUAUGUAAAUAUUUUUAAUGUAUGAUGCAGAUAAUUUUAAUGGAAUUCCAGUUGCCCGCCUAUUAUUACAUACAUUAAUUUCAUACACGUACAGGUUGAGGUUUAAGUGAGAUUUAAGACUAAGUAGUAAAAAGCAGUGUGGUGACACUUCUAAGGUUGGUUCAAACAAAUGUUUGUUGUUGCUGGGAUUCGAUUCUCAAUUUUCUCGAAGUAGAAUCGCUCAGUAUUAAUGCGCAUUCUUUGAUAUUGUUGUAGAUAAUACCAGUAAUAUUUAUGAACUUAUUCCGAUUUGGACCAAAUGUCCUUUUCCUACUCAUCCUGUAUAUUAUUUUAACAUUUUUUAUUUUAAUACAUUGCAUAUUGAAAUCGAGUCAUACGAUCAUAAAGACUAUCAGUAUAUCCUGUUGAGUAACAAAAUUAAGGUAUAAUAAAAUGUUAUGAAUCAUUCGUCUCGUGUCUGUAGCACAUAUUUUAUUAAUAUAAACUUCAAUGAAUUAGAAAUGACAUGGUAAUAAUUUCUGUUGCACUAAAAUUUAAAAUACACAUCUUGGCAAAAAGACUAGAAAAAAUAUUUUUAUUAAUGCUUGCUGGCGAAGAUAUUUUUUGUUUCAGUUGUAACUACAUUUAUAUACAUUUAAUUAACGAGCAAUGUUUACACGAACAUGUAACUUUUCUAUUCUUUUUGUCUUGUUAUGUGUGUAUAAAUAUUAGAUGUGUAACAGAAUUGCAUUUUAAAAUUAUUAUGUCAAAAAAUAUUUCAAAACUCAUUACUUAAUUAUUUAAAUCUAUUCAGGAAUAUUUAAUUUUAUUGUGAUUAUUUAUAUUUUCCUUAAAAUAUUUCGUUAUGUAGGCUUUUCCUUCUUUACAUAAUGUUAAUAAGUAAGAUUAAUUAUAAUUUGACGUUAUGUACAAAUUGUUUGUUGAUAUGUUUUAUUUAUGUUACUAAAUAUAAUUUACAUCGUUAAAUAGAGUUUAUAUCAGCUCUCUGGUGUUUUAUCAAGAAAAAAUAAGUAGUUGGAAUUGCGCAAUAUUUUUGUAGACUAAUUCUACAAUCUACAGAUAUCGAUAAAUGUUUACGAAAAUAAAAAUAAUGUUCUAUUUCAAAUAAAGUUGUAUCAAGAUAA